AUGGACCUAAUGCAAGCUCGUCAUGGUGGAGUUCCAUUUCAAUCACACGAUAAAACACCACUUUCCCAUCUCCUUGAGAUAGCCGUUCACAAAACUUAUCAUGAUUUGAUCACAACAACUGAUUUAAUGGCACGAAAACCUGAAGUAGAACGAAAAAUUGAUAUUGUUAUGUUUGCAUCUCGUACACGUCAAUUAUUUAUACGAAUAUUAGCCGUUGUUAAAUGGGCAAGGUUAUUGACAAUUUUCUAG